AUGGGACCUGUACAAGAACUAGGCCUCCCUGCACCAUGUGCCUUGUGGCCAGUGGACCUGAAACUGACCCAUGUGGACUGCAACCCAGAUGCAACACUCGUGCACUUCCAGGGCCAGUACCUCACCAUCUCUGAACUGGACUACAACAUCCUGCAGCUGGAGAUACAGAAUGCCCAGAAGACAAAAUGGGUGGGGGAGGUGGGAGAGUUUUGUCUGGUGGAGGAUGUCCUGUCUGACCGCUGGUACAGGGGACGGGUCCAGAACAAACAGAAAGACAUGCUUGACGUGUUCCUAAUAGACCAUGGAAAUGUCCUGAGUGUCGACAAGAGCCACUUGGCUCUAGGAUCAGAUGAGAUAUUCAUGCUUCCACCUAAGAUCGUAUGUGGCUUCUUUGCGAAUGUGUUGCCACUGAGAGAAAGCUGGGAUGCUCAAUCUGAGAGGUACUUCUCCUCAUUGGUGGGAAACAGUGUGAAAGGAUACAUUCAGGCCCUGUUGCCACACAAAGUCCUUAUACUAGAAGCCCCUGACAUCAACAAGCAUCUAAAACAAAUGGGCUUUGGAAAACAUGUUGACACAGACACAUUCCUGCUUCUGGUGGAGAUACUGACAGAGUUCCCCCUAAAACAGAGCAGGGAACCUGUCCCUGACCUUCUAAUAGACAAGCCUAGUGGACAGGAAUUCUCUUUCAAGCCAUCCAGCUUGCAAGGCUUUGAAGACAUCCUGUCUUUCUGCGGUCCCAAGCUAACAGCUGGCAAGAAAGUCAAGGUGAGAAUUACUGCUGCCGUGAGUCCUGGUACGUUUUAUUGUCAAAUGACAAGCAUGGCAAAAGAUCUGCAGGUGAUGUCAGAGGAGCUGGCAGUGAGGUGUGAGAACAAGAGCAAAGACUCCACGCAGAAAACCUUGGAGAACUUGGGUUUGCUCUGCUCCGUCAGAGGUAAGGAUGAGAAGUGGCACAGAGGGUUCGUGCAGUUCCUCCCCGUCAACUCUCGAGUCCGAGUCUUGUUUGUUGAUUAUGGGUUUUGUGAGUCUGUUAAAGUGGAGCAUGUGCUCCAGCUCCCGACUCGCUUUCUCUCCACGCCGAUCGUGGCUUUCCCUUGCGCUCUCUCCUGCCUGGAGAAAGACGAGGAGGCGGUGAAGACGGAGCAGCUGAGUUUGCUCAAGAAAGGACUGCUGGGCGAAGAACUGGAGGCCCAUAUUGACAGUUUUGAUGAGGAAAAUAAUCUUUUUUCUGUCACGAUGUUCAGCACCGAGGGUGACACCAUUACACAGGAAGAGCCAGUGCAAGAUGUUGUUGACCUUCAAAACAGCUACUUGUACUUUGAGAGCACGUUAAUGGAUAUGUUGGAUGACUCGGUCCAGGCUGAGGAGAUGACCGAGGACAUUGUUUUUGAAGGUUAUGUGGAACACAUCCUCAACCCCAGUCAGUUCUGGAUGAGAACUGAAAAACGCAACACUGACUUCGAAGCAAUGAUGGACAGCCUGGACAAACACUUCAGCCAGAUUCAAUUGGGUGAGGAUAUUCUGGCGAAUCCGGUGCCUGGUACUAUUUGCUGUGCCAUGUAUGAGAAGGAUAUGCACUAUUAUAGAGCAAUAGUGACAGACACUCUGAAACAUGGGGCUGAAGUAUUUUUUAUGGACUUCGGUAAUACUGAGAAAGUACCACACAUGUUGUUAAAGAUCAUCCCUGAGAAGCUUGCCAGUGUGCCAGCUUUUGCCUUCAGUUGCUCACUAGUAAAUGUCAUGCCUAUCGACGAUGACCUGUGGACCACCACAACCACAAACUACUUCCGAAGUGCAGCAAGGAACAAGGCUCUCCUGGUCCAUGUUGUUCACGUCCAGAAGGACAGGUUUGUCGUCGACCUCUUUGAGAUAGGCACUCCAAACAACAUGAGCAUCUCAGAACUCCUAACCAGGACGAAUCAUGCAACAUUCUGGAAGUACACUCCCGCUGGGCCUGCCGUAUCAGCGGUCAUAUCAAAGAAGGACAAUGGGAAACUCAAGUUAAGAAAAAUUGAACCAGUCCAGGGAAAGGAAGUAAGUGUUACUACCACGCGGGAUAUUUGUGAAGAGACAGCCCAGGUCACAGUCACCAACACCGCUGAAAACAAGAACUCUACUUUAGUUUUCAAAAAACUGCCAUUGCGGCCCGGAAGUGUGCUAGCAGUCUGCUGCUCUCACAUCAACUCUCCUUCAGAUUUCUGGUGUCAGAUCAAGCGCAAGAUCCCUGUCCUGGACAGACUAAUGAACGAGCUCCAGCAAGUUUACGAGACACGCGCAACUCCUCUGCAGUUAGGUGACUCCUGCUGCAUGGUCAAGUGUAAACGUGAUGGAAGGUGGUACAGGGCCUGCAUCAUUGGAAAGUCGAUGAAGGAUGACUAUGAAGUUAUCUGUGUGGACUAUGGCAUCACGGUGAGAGAAAAAGUGCAUCUUCUACAAGCUAUAUUGCCAAAGCACUUAGAGAUUGAAGGGCAGGCUUUUAGGUGCAGCCUCUAUGACCUCAUUGAGCCUGCUGAUGCCGACUGUGAAACCUGGCAUCCAAAAGCACGGGUCUUACUGAAGGACUUUGUAGAAGACCAGUCGCUGAUGUGUAGCAUCAGAUCCCAACUCUAUGUGAAAAACCAUGGCUUGUACAACGUUGUAGACCUCCUCAACGGUAAUCACAGUGCAGCUAAGACCCUUGUGGAACAAGGUCUGGCCCGAAAAGUGAAAACCUCGGUAAAGCUAGCUCCAGAAGUCGUCCCAUACUCUUUUGUGCACUCCUCAUUCAACCUGAACACUGGUAGUGUUGAACAAGUCUACACGACUCAUUUGGUUAGUCCCUGGGAGAUGUACUGCCAACUAGACAGGAACACAGGCAUCAUAGAAGACCUGAUGGAGAGAGUUUCAAAAGAAAGUGAACAGAUGCAAAGUGACAAAACAAGAGCAGUGAAGUGUAAGCUAUGCCUUGCGAAAUACUAUGGUGAUGGCCGAUGGUACAGAGGUGUGGUUCGGCCUGUCCUCCAGUCCAGUCUCCUCAACGUUUUUUUCGUGGACUUUGGAAACAGCAAUAUGGUUGAGAAAAGCAACGUCAUAUCUAUCUCCAGCGAGUCAACUGAUUUGCUUUUCACACCGAUGCAGGCCCUGAGAUGCAGCCUAGCUCAUAUUCCAAAGGAGGAAGACUUUAUCGUGGUCCAUCAGUGGCUUGAGAAAUCAGUUCUCAACCAUCCACUACGAGCUGUAGUGGUUGGAAAGGCUGAGGAUGGGACAUUUGAAAUCGAUCUGUUUGAUGGCGACGUUCACAUUAACGAGAAAGUCAAGGAACUCAUUGCCAGUCAAGUACCAAAAUCAGAGAAAAAGGUUGUUUGCCUCAAAACAGACAGCACUCAGAAAAAAAAUUCUGGAAAGAACCAGAAGACGCCAACAAAGGAAGCUGUGUGCCAUAAGAGCCUAUGUGAGAAGAAUAAAUCUUCACCAUAUUCCAAAUCGAACGCCUCAAACGGUUCAGAUACAAAGCAGAGACCGGAGGGUACAGAAAGGUCGUGUUUGAAGUCUGAGAACAGUCCCAGAGAAGAUCAGCACGAUGCAAACAGUCCAUCCAAAAAGCCUCUACACACCACUGAAUUACCCACACUAUCAAGUCUACCCAAGGAUAAAAUUACAGCCGGAUUCAGGGGCCUUGGAUUUAUUUCUCACGCCAAUCACGUCAGCAGCUUCUUCAUCCAAAUGCAGGAUGAUGAACCAUCCAUACUGAAAAUGGGGGAAGAUCUUAACUCUGAGCUGUUAAAGGACACCUUGAAGAACAAUUCAGUGGAGUUAAAAAUCAACGACUUAGUGGUGGCUGAGUAUGAGGAGGACGGGGCUCUCUAUAGGGCUGUUGUAAAGAACUUUGAGGCUAAUGGUCAGUACACAUUGGAGUUUGUAGAUUAUGGAAACACUGCUAUGAUGGGGAAAGAAAAAACAUACUGCAUGAUAAGUGCCUGGCUGUCUCAGCCUCGACUAAGCAUUCCUUGCUCACUGUUAGACGCUAGGUGUUUUGACAGUGAUGCGUUGUUCAUGGACACGGUUAUGGGAAAACCUCUCAUGGUUGAGUUUGUAAGUUCCUUUGGAGCUCAGUGGGAGGUCAAUAUCGAGAUCAUGGGACAGGUAGACAAACCAACACUUGCGGUGUGGCCUGAAGCUGUAAGCAGCAAAGUGACCCAGUCAAAUGAUGAGCUGCCUGCUGUCACAGACGAAAAUAGACCUCCCUGUCACCUAAGCCCUUCACCUGUCACCAAGAGGCCAUCCACGGAAAGGUUCAUGUUUACCGCCAGCGGUGAGAAAAUUGUGUUCAAAGUGUGUCAUAGAGCUUAUGCUACCAAUAGAUUAAGGAAGACAAGGAGACAACGCCACAACAGAAAAGCUAAAACCUCUAAGACUGACAGAAAUAUUGUUUCAGAGGAAGUCUCCUCUAAGGCUGACAGAGAGACUGUUUCAGAGGGAGUCUCCUCUAAGACUGACAGAGAGACUGUCUCAGAGGAAGUCUCCUUCAAGACUGACGGAGAGACUGUCUCAGAGGAAGUCUCCUUCAAGACUGACGGAGAGACUGUCUCAGAGGAAGUCUCCUUUAAGACUGACAGCAGCCCCCUCCAGAGGCUGUUUCUGGCCCCCGUAAACACAGACCAGACCUACUCUGGCUUUGCUGCUGCUGUGACGACUCCCUAUGAUUUCUACAUUGUCCUGGAGGAUCUUCUGCUCAUCAUGAACGCUGUAUCCACCAUCCUGGAGGAACUCCCAUCAGAGCUGCCCUCUCUACCCGAGGCUGACCUCAACCCCCUGACCUGCUGCCUGGUCCGAUGCGAUACCAAGUGGUGCCGGGCAGAGGUGGUGCACGCAGACAGGGCUACCGCAGUGGUUGUCAACCUGGUGGACUACGGUCACUGUGUGGAUACCCCAUACCCAGAGCACUCUAUGCUGAAAAGGCUGCCGGAGCAACUGACCAGACUGCCCAAGGUCACAUACCCCUGUGCCUUGAGGGGUGUGAAACCAGCUACAAGCGAGUGGACCGACGAGGCCGCUCUGUUCUUUCAGGAAUCCAUCUGCCAGCGGAACCUCGAGAUCCACUUUAGGCAGUCGGUCUCAGAAGAACGCUGGGAGGUUGACCUAGUGACGGACGGGACCUACAUUGCCAAGGAGCUGGUGGACGCAGGCCAUGCCUCCUACAUCGAUGCCAUGCUGGGGCUCCGGUUCCAAGAGCGAAGCCCCAUCAAAACCCCACUUGGACUGGGACGAGCUGAAGGCAGAGUUGCCCCUGAUCAAAGAUCAGCCCUGGACCGACCUGAGAGCCUGCUGAAUACAUCAGAGUGCCAAGACAACACCUGA